GCUUCCCCGCCUCUGGCCUGUGAUGUGAAUGGAUGUAAGCUCCGCCCCCCACUCCUCCCCAUUCAACUACACCAAUACUUGCUGAAGGUCUCAAAGAACAUACUCUAACUGAGACCAGCACUGUGGCAAGUUGUGUCGUUUUUCUAACCCUCACUAACUUGGGAUAUUGUGUUAGAUAAAAAAAACAGCGGCUGAAAGAUCAGAUGCUGAAACUGUGUGCUGAUAAAAAAGACUGACGAAGCUGAUUGCAGAAGUGGAGAAAGUCAACUGGCUUAUCACUGAGGAGAGACCCACCUACCUCACCAAAGCAGCAGAGGUUGGAGUUAGCUGGAGUCCAGAACCUGUUGUGGGGCCAAGACAUUGGGAGAAAUCACAAGAAGAAGGUCCCCUUCUGCCUCUGCACAGAUCCAGGGAGGACAGACAUUGGACUUAUAAGGUCCUCUCAGAUGCCGCUCAAAACCUCGAUGCACUUCAAGUCGGCCACCAUGCGGUGGCCGCGCAAGCAGAAGCCGCGGGCGCUGCUCUCCAGCAGCAUGAUCAGCCAGCCUCUGGGCGACUUCCGCCACCUGUCCCACAUCGGCCUGAACGAGUCCUUCGGCGACGUCUCCGUCUUCCAGCGCACCGGCAGCCUCGUCGUGCGCGGCUCCCACAGCGACCAGAACCUGUACCUCACGGGCCCGCCGCCGCCGAAGCCGCCCCGGCUCCUCACCCCGGAGGAGGCCGCUGCCCAGGCCCGGAGCUCAACGCGCCCCACGCACAAGAAGAGCCACUCUCUGCCCCUGCUGGAUGACGUGGAGGUGGAACUGCCCUGUAGGGAUAAAGUGGGGGGUGAAGUGGACGGACCUGCCGGGCUGAACUCCAAAUUGUCUCCUAAAGCCCAAUGGUCCGUUCCGAGCCCUCUGCCGGCGGAUGACCUCCUCCUGUCUCUGAAUCUGGACCUGGGACCCUCCAUACUGGAGGAUGUCCUAAGAGUGAUGGACAGCCAGUGAGCAGCCAUUACAUUGGUAUGCUUCACUGGUAGUCUGCUGUACAUAAAACUGUCCUUUGGCCCUAUGAACUGCACAGACGAGAGACUAUAUGGUAACGGAUAACUGCAACAGGGUGUGGGACUAUGAAGGAAGUUCUUUGUUCUGCCUAUGAUUCCCUACUUCCCACCUAAUUUUGAACCGUCAUGGCCUCUGCUUCUUAGUUAUACUGGGGAGAUAUGGGGCUUAAAUGAAAUACUUUUUUCCUGGCAGAGUUCAGAGAGUUUAACAUCACUAUGGUUGAAAGGAAUCACUAUAGCAGGACAUAAUCUAUAUUAAGUGUGCCUCUUGGUAUAUUUCCCUCUACACAGAGGAAACAUGUCUUAAGAUCAAAUUGUCUUGAACAGACUGUAAAAAUGACUCCCGCCUCAGGUUCUUGGCUCAAGAUCUCUUUGGAAUUGUUGUACAUACUACCCUCACAUGGCUUAAUGGUGUGAUCAUACUUAUUAUCCAAGUCAAUAAAAUAUAUUUUAAGAAUCA